UUUCCUCCGAUUAGUUUAAAAUUUCACGUGCUUUUAGAUUAUAGCACAUUUUAAUUAUAAUAGAGAUUUCCUCGGUAAUUGUUCCUAAAAACGCAAUAAAGAAUAUAUAUUUGGAAUCACUUCUAUUGUUCGCUUUAUUAUCCCUCGCAUAAAAAGUUUCUUAAAAUGGUUAAAAAGAACAAUGAAUUCCGAGAAUUCCAAAACAUUUCAACUUUUUCUUCUCCUUCUUACAAAAAUGACAUCCGAAAAACAAGCCUUAUUAAAGAAAAAUUUAUCAAUAAUCUCAAAAAAAUCAUUUUUUUUUGAUUUAUCAAAACAUUAUUUAGAAUUAUUGGAAAAUAGUAAUAAUUUUGAUGUAUUAAUAAAAAUUGGUCAUGAAGAUAAUUAUAAAGAAUUUUACGCACAUUCUUUUAUAUUAAAUCAAAGAUCAAAUUAUUUUAAAAAAUUAUUAUCAUCAACAAAUUUUAUUAAAAAAAAACAAAUUAUUAUUGAAAAGAAAAAUAUUUCACCUAAAGUUUUUAAUAUAAUUUUAAGAUAUAUUUAUGGUGGAAUUCUUGAUAAUAUAGAUUCUCAAGAACCUAAAUUUAUUUUGGAUGUAUUGAUCGCUGCUGAUGAAUUAAAUUUCUUUGAAAUAAUAGAUUAUUUACAAGAUAUAUUUCUUAAACAAACUCAAAAUUCAAUACAAAGAUAUUUUACUCAUUUUUAUGAUGUUACUUCUCAAUAUUCAAAUUUUACUAAAUUAAGAAAAUAUGUUAAAAAUAUUGUAACUGAAUUACCUCAUAUAAUAUUUAGAGCUGAUGAUUUUAUUGGUUUAGAUAAAGAAACUUUAUUAUAUUUAGUAAAAAGGGUUGAUAUUGUUAUAGAUGAGAUUGAAAUUUGGGAUUGUAUUUUAAAAUGGUGUAUGGCAAAAUCUAAUUUAAAGAAUAAGGAUAUAAAAGAUUGGAAUAUUGAUGAUUUUUAUUGUUUGGGAAAAUCUUUGGAACCUUUUUUACCUCAUAUUAAAUUUGAAUAUAUUACAAAACAAGAUUAUUCUAUCAAGAUUAAACCAUUUAAACAAAGUUUUGAUCAAAAUGUUUAUAAAAAGAUCAAAGAAGCUAUAAAUUUAAAUGAAUAUAUAGAUAAUAAUAUUUAAUACUAUGU